GCCUUUAGAUGCAAGACGGGGCGGUGCAAACCGCCUCGAAGAACUCGAUGGCCAAUAUGCUUUGCAUCGGACGGCUUAGAAGCGUGUCUGCAGCCUAGAUUUGACACGACGGAAACAAAGGCAGUGCUGGGACGCCCUAUCCUUGGGAACCUUAUAUUCAAGAGGUAAUGGGGCGUCAACGUUUCAGUCGCACACCCCAUACUUCCACUCACAGCCUCGCACGCUCGCAGCCAUCCAACGUGCCUUUCCCCCUUGCUCCGCAAAUGUCGCAGACUACAGGAGCUGACUUACCACCCGAAGUACUAUCAUUCGUAUUGGCUUCUGUCGUGCCGAGCCAUAUCAAUUACCACAACUCGAGCGAGCGUCGCCGCUCCAAACACGAACUCGUCGCGCCUAGCCUCGUAUGCAGAUACUGGUCCGAAGUUAUCAGGCCUUUUCUCUUCCAAAUUCUCAUCUUGCGAAGCCAUGAAGACGUGCGAUUGUUGAAGAACGUCGUGUCCAGCCCCCGAUAUACAUCGUCGUCUCUUUUCGAGGCCAUUCAAAUUAUAGAAAUCCACCAAAAAGCUGCAGAUACCAAACCCUGGCUCCAUCACAUCCAUGGGCUCUCGACCCGACUUCGUGGUACAAUCUUCACAUGUACUGUCUUAGGCGAUGCGAACGACCCUGCGUCAACGGUCGGACGUUGGGCCCCGUUCAAAUCGCUACCCAGCCUCACUCCAUCCUAUGUACGGCUUUCAGUCCUCACCCUCGAUAGGCUCAUAUUUGCGAGCACGACAGAGCUUGCACGGGUCAUCGACAGCUUCUCCACCCUCAAGAAGUGCGACUGCUAUGCGCUUACACUCCUCGAUCCGUCGCCGGUUACCCACUCCCGCAGGAUUCGGCGACGGCUUUCGUCAUCUCUGCAGUCGUGCAGGAUGUCGCGGUGUAAGGAAAUGACGGUUCUGACACAAGCAACACUAGCCUCCGACGUUCUCGUAGCUGCUGCUCGCCUGGGGCUUGAUGAACAAACCUGGAGCGGAGUUGUGCACGCAGUACUGGCGUUAGCACCCAGUACAUUCAGAGGAGUCCUCGUACGGCUUCAUGGCCAGCGUGGUAGCAUGUUUGACGGAGCGAUAAUCUAUUGCUCUUCGCCUGUUCAAGAUGGCCCCAUGAGCGAUUAUGUCAAAGCUUAUGUACAAGUACGCCGGCUGAAUGCGAGCCCGGGCGUACCACUCCCACCCGCGUACAUCGAGAGUAUCGCCCUCGCGCUCUCAUCUACCGGCGUCCAUGACGUAGAGUCCUUCCCUUGGGACGUUUUGCAACCAGCUAUAGACCUUCCGCUCGUGCGCCACCUUCGCUUUGAAGGUCUUGACGGUCAAGAGUACGAAGCCAUGAAGAAGAUCUUAUGCUCGGUCUUGCGCCGGUCGCAGCUAACCUGGGCUCUCGAUUCGGGCAAGCUGCAGUUCAUUACUUUCGAUUCCAACCCCGUUACAAGCGCAGACGUCUUGUCUGUGCCAACGGAGCACACCGUUGACGGCAUCGCGAUCACCCUCAACACCGCCGAACAAGCCGAAUGGCUGCUGCACCCGGUCAGCCAUCCUCUGCUGGCCACGAGGAAAGAGUAUCUUCGAAAGGUCGUAGCUGAGCGCGCGAGCAUGCUCGCGUCUGCGGACACGAGCUCUGGGACUGCGCCGUCUACUGCGGGAGGAGUCCGAGAUGCGGCGGUCGGACAGGUUCAAGUGCCAGUGGUGACGACAGCCGAUAGGCAGGUAGGAAAUGCAGAGAAUAGCAGCAAGGAAGACGAGGAGAGAUGAAAGUGUCGGCAUAGAGCUAACGUGGGCAUCAGGAGCAGGAGAGGCCUUGCUGUUCGGCAGAUAGACGAUCUUUGGGGUAGAUCUCACAGCUCAUGGGUAGAAGUAUCCUUGUGCAAGAAGCCGAAGACGCUGUGUUGAGGUCAUGGUGGAUCUACAGUAGUGUGCAAGUUGAGAAUGACCGGAAGAAAGUAUGAGGUGGGAGGUUGAUAGGACGAGGCAAGGGGAAAGAUAUUCGGACGGCUGGAGGAUCAGACAAAAGACGUAGGUGUCAUCGAGGAAUACGCUGUGGAAACUGUGCCCAUGAUUUGUCCCAUAUCUACCUCUUUCCGUCUCUUUUUGCUCUACACAUACUGCUUCCAAGCUUCGGUGCUAUGUUCUUCGAUCUCGUGAGGCUUGCGGCGCGUCUCUUAAUCUUUUAAUCCCAGCUGUGUCUUCCCAGUCAUCU